AUGAUGAUGUCCAAUUGCACCACUGUGACUGAGUUCCUACUCCUGGGAUUCUCUGAUGCCUUGGAAUUGCAGAGAUUGCACUUGGCUAUUUUUCUAAUAAUAUGCCUGGCGGCCCUGAUUUGGAAUCUCCUUGUUAUCACUCUCAUAGGCUUUGACAGCCACCUCCACACCCCCAUGCAUUUCUUCCUCAUGAACCUGUCCAUCCUAGACAUUGGAUCCAUCUCUGUCAUAGUUCCCAGAUCCAUGCCGAAUUCCAUACUCAACACCAGGUUGAUUUCCUAUUCUGGAUGUGUAACCCAAGUUUUUUUCUACCUCAUCUUCAUUACCACAGACUUUGCCAUCCUCACCAUCAUGGCUUAUGACCGAUACAUGGCCAUCUGCAAACCACUACAUUAUGAGAUAGUGAUGAAUAGGAGAGUUUGUCUGCAAAUGGCAGCCACUGCCUGGAGCAGUGCUAUUCUGUACUCUGCACUGCACACUGGUAACACCUUUAGGCUGCCCUUCUGCCAUUCCAACUUCAUCAACCAGUUCUUCUGUGAAGUCCCCCACCUCUUUAGGCCCUCUUUCUUAGAUGUGUUUACUAGUGAAAUUCAGAUUCUUAUCUUUGGUGCAUGUUUAGCUGCAGGUUGUAUUGUGUUUAUAUUUGUGUCUUAUAUUCAGAUAUUCACUACUGGACUGAGAAUCCCUUCUGAGCAGGGCUGGCAUAAAGCAAUUUCCACCUGCCUUCCUCACAUCAUUGUAGUCCUCCUGCUUGGUAGCACUGCUAGUAUUGCCUAUGUGAAACCCAGGUCUGGGUCCCCAUCAGCUCUAGAUCUCCUGGUGUCUGUUGUGUAUUCUAUGAUCCCACCAAUGAUGAAUCCAGUUACCUACAGCAUGAGAAACAAGGACAUCAAAGCAGCAUUAAGGCAACUUCUUAGCUGGAGGUAG